GUUAAAACGCAAGUUCGUAACUCAAACCGCCCACUGGGAAAGCGUUCGAAAUUCAAACACAGCCUCCCUAAGCGCAUCCACCAAUGGCGUAUCUUCUAAGCAAAUAAAGAGUUCAAAUUAAGACUCUGUCACCACCCAUUGGCCGUUUUCAACCAAUCAGCAAGCAGGCUUCCAUGUUCGUUAUUUUUUUCCUGCUCCGUAAGCGUCGUGUGCUAGUAGAGGGCUCAUUCGGCCGCGCGCCGCCUUGGCGUACGUAUCGCGCGCUCGCGUCAUGAUGGAUUGUGUUCUGUGUGACUUGUGCAUCUGAUUUGGUGUAUUUUUGUGCCGGACCUGUUGUGUGCUAAAGCAUGAUGCCUCUCGCACCGACCCCUGUGGUGGCGGUGCCAUCGAAGCCGAAGAUCGGAUUUAGUAUAGACAGUAUAGUUGGUGGUUCUGAAAGGCCAAAGCACCCGUCUCCACCACUGGCGAGUCCUGGGUCACCAUCUCCCGUAGCAUCUCCUCGUAGUCCGUCUCCAAGGCCACUAUUGCGGCCCAGUGCGCUACCUGCUGUGUUUCCUUCACCGGAGUUGAAGAGAUUGCCGUAUUUAGAUGCUCAGAGCCACCACCACCAAUUCCUGGCGCACUUCCAGGGGGCGGCAUUGGCGGCGGCGCUAGCGCACCAACAGCAGGGAUUCGGCGCGCCGCUGCCGCCACACCCGCCGCCCCAUCCUGCUGCACCUGUUCCACGUGAAUCCUACCAGCUCUACCCUUGGCUCAUUAACAGACACGGAAGGAUAUUUCCACAUAGGUUUCCUGGAGGUCCAGAUAUUCCAGGUUUCCUUCUCCAGCCUUUCAGGAAACCGAAGCGGAUCCGAACAGCGUUCUCGCCCUCGCAACUUCUCAAGCUGGAACACGCGUUUGAGAAAAACCACUACGUUGUCGGAGCUGAGAGAAAACAAUUGGCGCAGGCGUUGAGUUUGACAGAGACACAGGUAAAAGUCUGGUUUCAAAAUAGAAGAACGAAGCACAAACGCAUGCAGCAAGAGGAAGAAGCCAAAACUGGUUCCAAAGGCGGUUCUUCUAGCAGUAAACCAGACGAUCACCAAUUGAACCAUUCAUACGAAGAAGAAGACGAAGAACUGAUAGACAUGGACAUGGAUGAUUUAAGUGAGAGUGAAAAUGAAACGUAGGUACAGUGCAGUGCGUAGAGACACUUGUAAAUAUAAAAAGAAUUAUAAUU